UCCGAUGAAGUGUGUUACACGUCAAGGUGGGGACAUUGUUGUCAUUUUAUAACUCCCAGUUCCCACCGAACAGCCACCGUUCUACCGCACACAACGUUCGAGCAAAGCGAAGGCUCCUGAACAAGACAAACUGUUAUUGAUUGAGAACAUGUUUUCUAUCGAUUUUACACACAUAACAUAUUAUUCCAGUUCUAUGGUGAAGAUAGGUUGUCUUGUGGAUAUCGUUAACUAGAUGACAUCUUCGUUUUUCAUUGGUUAUUCACAAAGUGUUUUGAAGUCGCCAUCUUGGGGUUCUUUCCUCUGUUUUAAUCAACUUGGCUUCCAUAUUCGGAUUCUUUGGUUUGUCAGACUGUGAAAAGGACGUGCUUUUCAUGAUGGGGUGCUUUUGCUAGCUUAGCAAAUUGUUUCUGUAUGUGAUCACAAAUCCUCUCGUGGAAUUGCUGCAUUUUUUCUUUGAAUGUUUUGAACUUUGUGUUCGAGAUUCUGGGUAUUAUUGAAAAAGUAUGGGAGAUGAAAUAAGUAAGCAACAUGAAGCGAGAGAAAAAUUGAAAAGGAUUGCAAGCUAAAGUGUUGCAUUUAUUCCUAGCAGGUUUAUAUUUGGUAAUAGCUCUGAUUAAGGGUCCUACAAUGGGUACUAUCAUUGAAGCAGAUGACACGUACACCAGGAUCUUGGGAAGAUGGCCUAUCUUUUAUUAUGGAAUGGGACACAUGCUCAAUGACAUAACUGCAGCUUGUUGGUUCACAUAUUUAUUAUUGUUCUUGACAGAUAUUGGACUUUCACCAAGGAAUGCAGCUGCUGUGAUGCUUUCAGGUCAAGUGGCUGAUGGAUUUGCCACCAUAUUUAUUGGAGAACUGAUAGAUAGAUUUGGACACUUCAAGAUAUGGCAUGGUGCCGGUUCUGUAUUGGUGGCUGUUUCAUUUUCUUCAGUUUUUGGGGUUUGUUUACCUUGUAAAAUUUUUAGUUCCUAUUCAUCUACUUUUGAAACUGUGAGUUAUAGCAUAUUUGCAGCAAUCUUCAACCUGGGCUGGGCUGCUACUCAGGUUUCACACAUGUCCAUGGUGACUUGCAUCACACUGAACUCGACAAGCAGAGUGGCACUGGCUAGCUGUCGCAAUGCUUUUACCAUGAUUGCCAACUUGAGUUUGUAUGCAGUUGCAUUGAUAGUAUUCAGUGUCAUUGAUGGAAAAACACAUACUGAUGUUCAAAAUCAGUAUCGUUGGAUUGCAUUUCUGUCUAUUUUUAUUGGAUGUUGCUUUGUGAGCGUAUUUCUUCUUGCAACCAAAGAGCCCAGGUUAAAGGUAGGUGUACAUGGAAAGGUUCAUGCAAGGAUUUCAUGGAAUUACUGGUUCAAGAGAAUUCUGUAUUACCAGGUUGCUCUAAUUUACGUGAUCACAAGAUUGGUUCUCAAUGUUUCUCAGGCAUACCUUGCUUUUUUUGUUAUCAAUGAUCUUCAAAUGGCCCAAUCAGCCAAAGCUUUGGUUCCUGCUCUCAUAUACAUCUGCAGCUUCGUUGUAUCUCUAGUGUUACAGGAGAUUUCAUGGACUGGGAGAAUGCUCAAGGCCUAUUACUCUGCUGGAUGCAUGCUUUGGAUUUUUUGUGGGGCAGUAAUCUUUCUUUUGAGUGCAAAUAUGAGUUAUGUGAUGUACAUAGUGUCAGUAGUUAUCGGCAUAGCAAAUGCUCUUAUGACGGUAACUGGAGUAAGCAUGCAGAAUUUUCUGAUUGGAGAGAACCUUAAUGGUUGUGCUUUUGUUGUUGGAUCAUUGAGCUUUUUGGACAAAAUUUCAUGUGGGAUUGCUUUAUAUGUUCUUCAGUCAAACCAAAAUAUCUCUUCACAGCUUGAGGGAACACAGUUUGCCUUUACAGUUACGAGGUAUGGUUUGGGUGUUGUUCCUGCAAUAUGUUCACUAAUUGGGGUAAUAGUAACUUACACAAUGGAUUUCCAGAAUCUCUCAAAUCCCUCGAAGUCGUUGAGAGCACCGCUAUUAGUCUAGUUUUCUCACUCAACAUAACCAUUAUCCUUUCUCGUACAUUCUACCAUACAGCAACCUUGUACCAGCAUAUAUUUUUUAUUUGAAAUAUCUUAUUUAUACCUAGGAAUUGCUGUUUCCAUUUC